UUGACAUGCAAGCACCAGAGACACAACAGUGUAGAGCGGGCGAAGAACUCCUAACUCCAACACAACCGUUUAGACUGGGCGAACAACUCCUAACUCCAACACAACUUUUUUGAUACAGGCUAAUGAUGUUCAGAUAUUUUGCCUGAAUAAGUCAUUAAUAGCGGCGUCAGGAUUUCCUUUGGCUUAUCUGUAAUUCAACCAUUCUUGAGGCAACAGUUGACCAACAGCCACAGAUGAGCCUGCUGAAGACCUAUUCUGAUGGGAUGUUGAAGCAGUCUCCCUCUUCACAUCCUGCAUUUCUCAGUGAUGGGGAUCUGACAGAGAUUCAGCUGCACUCAGUCGAAUCUAUUAAUGACCUGCACCGACACCACCCUGAACAAAAAGGAGGCAGACCACCCCUCCAUCCUUUCUCUCUUUCAUCCAAUGGGAAUGUGUCAACCCCAGUUCUCAGAACUUCUGCCCGUCAAACGACUCGGCCUCCACAUGAUGCUGUGAAGUAUUACCCACACAUUCUUAUCUGUGCAAGCCUCAGCCUCCUCCUCGUCACCCUAGCGGUCAUCCUCUUUGUCAUAGUCAAGCAGGCCAGCACUGUGAGCUCUCUGUCUGAGCUGCUGCUGCAGAAUCAGGGCCACGCGCAGGAGGUGUCUGAGCUGAAACACAAGAUGCAGCUCCUGGAGAGGAACCUCAACGCCACAGGCCAUUGACGCGCUAGCUCUCCCCUCCCCAAGCCCACAGCUACGUGCGUGUUCAAGUGGAGCCUGCCCACCAGCUCAAUUUACUACAGUCAUGCAACACUUCUACAGCACUGUGCAAUAGCUGUAAACUGCUGUGGAAAUUGUGCACCUAAGUUUACACUGUCUUGUAUGUGUGUGUUUUCAGACUACUAGGACCAUGCUCUUUUGGAGCAACUUACGUAUUCAUGUCACUGAUUUGAAAGUGUUCCUUUGAUAAUAAACGGUAGAAAAUG